AGAGAGCAGCAUGUUUGGUGUGUGAGGAGAUCCACACACAUCUCAAAGAGGGUCGCGGCGUUGCAGCGAGCCUCCUCUCCAGACCUCCCCUCCUCUCCUCCUGCGCCACUUGGGCCGAGGGACCAUGCAGCGCGGCUGGACUCUCCCCCGGGUCGCUGCUCUCCUGCUGGGGCUGAUGGGGCUCUCGGUGCGCGGGUCAGACUUCCAGCAUCACCGCUACGAGGACAUGGUGCGAGCCCUGUUUGCGGUGCAGAGCCAAUGCCCCUACGUCACGCGCAUCUACAGCAUCGGGCGCAGCGUGGAGGGGCGCCACCUCUACGUGCUGGAGUUCAGCGAUAACCCGGGCAUCCACGAAGCAUUGGAGCCAGAGUUCAAGUACGUGGGCAACAUGCACGGCAACGAAGUGCUCGGCCGCGAACUGCUCAUCGAGUUCGCCCAGUUCAUGUGCGAGGAGUACCGGGCCGGAAACCAGCGGAUCACGAGGCUGAUCCACGACACGCGCAUCCACAUCCUGCCCUCCAUGAACCCGGAUGGCUAUGAAGUGGCUGCCAAGCAGGGUCCGGAGUUUAACGGCUACCUGGUGGGUCGAGGGAACGCCAGAGAAAUCGAUCUGAACCGGAACUUUCCCGACCUGAACGCACUGGUGUACUACUACGAGAAGACAAACGGGCGAAACCACCACCUGCCACUGCCGGACAACUGGGAGCAACAGGUUGAGCCGGAGACGUUGGCGGUCAUAAAGUGGAUGCAGAACUACAACUUUGUCCUGUCGGCCAACCUCCACGGGGGAGCCGUGGUCGCCAACUACCCGUUCGACAAGUCGAGAGACGCUCGCAUUCGGGGGAGGACCACGCACGCGUCCACUCCGGACGACAAAAUCUUCAGAAAGCUGGCGAGGACCUACUCGUACGCUCACAGCUGGAUGCACAAGGGUUGGAACUGUGGGGACUUCUUCGAUGAGGGGAUCACCAACGGGGCCAGCUGGUACUCUCUGUCCAAAGGCAUGCAGGACUUCAACUACUUGUACACCAACUGCUUCGAGAUCACCCUGGAGCUGAGCUGUGAUAAGUUUCCUCCCGCAUCCGCACUGCCCAGAGAAUGGCUGGGCAACCGAGAAGCCCUGGUUUCAUACCUUGAACAGGUGCAUCAUGGGAUAAAAGGCAUGGUGUAUGAUGAAAACAACAACCCAAUAGGCAAAGCUCAGGUCUCGGUGGCUGGCGUCAACCACGAUGUGACCAGUGGAGUGGAAGGCGACUAUUUCAGACUUCUGUUACCAGGCACCUACACUGUGAUAACGUCAGCCACCGGUUACGUUCCCUCCACCAGCACUGUCACAGUGGGACCAGCCGAGGCCACACAGCUGGAUUUUUACUUGAAAACGGCACCAAAACAAAACCUGAAAGUGAAGCCUCACAACGGCAAGAAGAACCUCUCAUCUCCUAAAUCCGCUUUAAAACUCGGCCCGAGAUGAGACAUGGACAAUAGUACAUAAACAUAUUAUAUACACAUAUACUGAAAAUCCCACAUAAAACGUACACUCACAUACACAUUGUGGAAAUGAAAAUGUACCAUUAUAUAUGUAUGUAAUUUCACCUUUGUAGUCCUUUGUAUAUCAAACCUUUGUGUUUUUUUGUGUUGCAAACCUGGUGUAUUUAUGUAACAGUGUUGAUUUGUAUGAACACAGCUAUCCUGUAUUUGUAAAGGAUUUUUUGGAUUUUGAUGAAAAUUUAAAGUGAAAUAAAUGUGUUUGCUGUCAUCAUUUACCAUC